UCUGUUAUUCCCGUCGGCCUUCAUGACCGAGUACUGUGUGUGUGUUUCGUUGGAAGUACUGCUUUAAUUUAUUUUUUCAAAUUAAAAAAACCCAUCAGGUAAAUAUCAGUUGAAGACAGCACCAUGUCUACCGCACUGGAGAGCUAUAUCAACCGCACUGUUGCUAUUGUUACAUCUGAUGGGAGAAUGAUUGUGGGGACAUUAAAAGGAUUUGAUCAGACUAUUAAUCUAAUCCUGGAUGAGAGUCACGAACGAGUAUUCAGUUCUACUCAAGGAGUUGAACAAGUGGUGUUGGGAUUGUAUAUUGUUAGAGGAGAUAACGUGGCAGUAAUUGGAGAAAUUGAUGAAGAAACAGAUUCUGCUCUGGAUUUAGGAAACAUCCGUGCUGAACCGCUGAAUUCAGUUGUACAUUGACAUUGGGUCAGAAUUAAGGACUUUUCACAUGUAUUUUGUUCUGUUGAUCUUGUGGUUUGAGAAUCCAUUUUAAAAGGACUCGCUACUUUUUUGGGACUGUAUAGUGAGGUUAUUAUUUUUUUUUUUUUACAUACAGACACAUUUAAUGGGGAUUGAGUUUGUUGUUAUUCAUUUUAUGCCAGCGUGGUCUGAAGGUUGAAAUCUUAUCCACUAUACAAUUAUCAACCGUUAUCUGGUUAAAAAAAAUUCAAACAAUCUAUUAAGGAGUAAUGAUUAACAGCUCUUAAAUUAGCUAAAACUUCAUUAAAUAUAAAUAAAAAUCACUUAGCCAUGCAAUCUGCAUUGUUGAUGUUCUGUGUCAGUUGUAACACUGCAAUAUAUGAUUAUUUGGGCUACUUGGCUAUUUAUUUCACCAACAUUUAUAAUUAAAUUACCUGUUUUUUUUUUUUUUUUUUUGUUUUUUUACAGUAAUACGUAUCUUGUUUAUCACCGAUUUAAAGAUAUUAAAAAAAUAAAUACAAAAAAAACUGUUCAGAUAAACAUUGCAGUCUAUAGGAGCUGAUUUGAACGAAGGUUGUCAAAAGCCACACUACAUUUCAUGGAAGUGACUUAUAUUACAUACAUCCCAAGGAAAUUAAUAUGUCCAUCUUCUUGUAAAAUAUGGUUAAAUUACUGCAACAGUUACUGUUUUAAGCAAUGAAAAAGAAAAGUCUUGCUUGCAAUUUCCUGUUAUUAAUAAAUUGAUAACUUAUCGCAGUCACACCUAAUACCACAUAUCAUUACACCAAAUGUCAUCUUAAAACUUUUCAAAUAAAACUCACAUAAAAACAAAUGAUCAUUGCACCAUUUAAUGGCAUGUACACAAUGUAGUGAGUCUGCAAAUACCUUGGCAAGUAUGCAUCUAAUACUGCUUGGAAAAUGGAAGAAACUGUAAAAUACAAAACAACUACCUCAAACAGACUGCAACUGACAAUAUAGGCAGAAUGUACUGUACAAAUGAUAUAAAUAGCAUAACAAUAAAAUAGGGUAUACAUAAAAAAACAAUACCAGAUAUUGAACAAUGUGUUAUUUACUACAUAAAAAGUAGCCUGGAACAGUUGGAUUACAGGUUUAAACAUAAAUAAUGCUGAUUUAAUGAAAAUACGGCUCUAAAUAUGAAGAUACUUAAAAACAACAUUGUGUCCCUCCUGAGCAUACAAGUGCAAUGUGCAUCAUUUAAUAUUCUAGCAAUAAAUAAAUAAUGGAAAAUUGAA